AUGCUGAUUUUUAAGCACAAGCGCUCUGCCUUCUCACCAGAGGUAGAAAAGAGGGUGAAGAUGAUGGCCUAUUGGUUUUUCUUCAUCAUGGCAGCGAUCCCUAUGGCCCCGCUGAUGGAUGACUCCAAUCUGAUCCUAAAUACUUCGCCACUUUUACUUUUCACCUACUCUUACUUGUCCACGUUGAGCAUGGACAUUUCGCAGUUUCCUCAAGAACUGACCAGUCCGGCCUUGCAGCUGGUUUUCAUGAUGGGACUGGACGUGCACAACAACCCAUCCCACAAAACCGUCUGCGACAUGUUCACCAAGGGAUGGAGAUCUGACCCACUCCCACUGAACUUCUGCAUUCUUACCGAUGUACAGGAUCUACAGAAGGUGAAAACUCAGGCAAACGAAUCGCGUGGCAGCGUCGAUGGAAUUUUGAAAAUCAACUGGAUGAAAAAGCACCUAUCUUCGAUUCCAGCAGUGGUGGUGUUGUUCGUUGACCUGGAUUGGCAGCAUCCGUCCUGGAACGAAAAGAUUUUGGAAUGUCGGUCGAAAGUGGAGUCCAUUAGGGAAUGCAUUGCUAGCCGCAGUUCGAUUCUGGCUUUGGUUUUGAUUCAGUCGGUCCCGCCAAUUCCUUCAGGUUUGUGA